AUGAUUCCUCAAUCGUCGUUUAAAUUCGAGAAGGAAAAAGUCCUUCCAUCUUCAAACCCCCAAUCGCCUUUCUACUACAACUUGCCACCAUACGAUUCCAAACCCAUUGACAAUUUGGUGGAAUUUUUCAAAUUAUGGAAAUACUUCAUCAAGUCAAUAAUCUACUAUUUCAAAGAAAUUCUCCUCGUUAAAGAAUUGGAAGCCAAUUUGAAUUACCAAUUGAUAAGUGCUGUGCAAUUUCCUGGUUGUAAAGAUUUACCAAACAAAAUUCUUCAUGAUAUAAAACUAAACACACCGGGGUUAAUGAAUAAUGGUGGUGCAGGGACAUUGCUGCCCAAGAACAACCAUACGCCUACCAAAGAAGUGAAACGAAACUUGUCUAGUUCAAGUUUAUCAUCAAUGAGUACCAAUGUGAGUAGUGCUUCGUCAUUUAAUCCAGGGUCUGGAGGAGUAACACAGGGGAGCAUUCCAUCGGGUGCAAUUUCUGCAUCGAGUGCGAAUAUCCCCACUUCUGGAUCAUCAAUGAAUAAUCAGCAUCUUCAUCAUCAUCAUAAUCCAACGCUUUCGAAAAGUUCAACUUCGCUUGCUGAUAAGCAACGUCCAGGAUUAUUCAAACAGAAAUCCAAUUCCAACCAAUCAUUCUUGAAGAAUGCGGCAAGCAAUUUACACAAGAGAAAUCUGUCGUUUGGAGCCGUGAAGCAAUUAGGUGGAUCCCUGCUGCAACAACAACAACAGAACCAACAGAACCAACAACAGUAUGCGCCAGCAUCGCCACAGUUUCAGCCUACUGGUGGCGCUUCAACACCACCAUUACCCACAAGCACUGAAACUCUCAACACCAAUGAUGUUCGAAUUCCACCUACCUUCUUCCCCGACAAUUCACUUUACACAAACUUACCAGCAGUAUUGCUCAGUUCACAUCAUGUUGCAUUCAACAAUAGUUUUAAACUCCGCAAAGAUCUCAACACAAAGAUGAUACCUCGGUUGGAAGUAUUGUUGAAACAAGUGUCCCACAAGAUUAAAGAGAUCAAGACAUCACUCAAGAAUGAUGCAUUUGCUAAUGCUGAGUUACUGAAGGAGAUUUCCAAGACGGGUCAAAUAUUAAGCAGGUACACUGCUGCUGUUGAGACUUAUUGUGGAUCCAAACCUGUUGUUAAGGGGUACUUGCGUGAUUACGAUGGCGCCGGUGGAGGUGGUGGUGACGAUGAAGAGUUUGCAGCUUUGGAUGACCCAUUAUUGGUGAAGUUGGAUGUAGAUUCCCGUUUGAAAACGCAAUUGAUUUUUGAAAAUUACAUGAUUGCAUCCUAUGUCAAUUUGCAAAACAUUAGUAAAGAUUUGUUUACAUACUUGUUGAAAGAAUUGAAUUGGGUGGUUGAUAAAUUUGGCAAAUUGGAUUUCAAUUCGGAAUUUUAUCAGUUUCUAAAGACCAAAAUCAGUAGUUCAUCCACUGCUGAUUGGGAAUAUUUCAUCACCCACAACAAUUGUUUUGUCAAUACCUACUAUGCCACCGACGUCAACCCAAAAAGAGAGAAUCGAACCAUAAAACUGGUGACUUUACCCUAUGCCAACUCGAUUCAAAACAAAUGUCUUCGAUUUGGACUGAUGUACAAGAAGCAAAAACUCAUGAAAAAUUAUACUCGCCACUACUAUGUUCUUUCAUGUAAUUACCUUCAUGAAUUCAAAUUCAAUGAGGAAAUCAAUCAACAAAUGAAGAAAUCGAAGGAUAAAAUUGGUGGGUUUAUUGGUUACGAAGAUGAACCAGUGAAAUCGUACAAUUUAAAUGAUUAUCAAAUUGCCAUCAAGGAUGAAUCAUCGUUUAAAUUCACUUUAACCAAGACUUCAAACAAGUCGAAAAAGACUUUCAAAUGCGCCACUGUCGAUGAUUACAAUUCCUGGGUUGAAGAUUUGUCAGAGUUGUUAAAAUUUGGUAAUGAUCAUUAUGCAAGAUUUGCUUUUAUUGAAAGGAAAGCUAAUCAAGCAGCAGCAGCAGCAGGGGCAGGAACACCAACGACUCGUAAAUCAAAGAAGCAUAGCAGUAAUCCUGCUGGAUUGACUUUGGAUUUGGGUAAUGCAUCCAACCCGGCGUUAUCAGGUAUGUUUACCCCCAAGAUCAAGACUCCUAAUGAAUCACCUUCUCAUAAGGAGGAAGUGAACCCAUUUGAGGGAAUCACGGCUUUGCCACAGGGCCAACAACAACAAGGGCAACCACAACACCAAUCACAUUAUGGUAACAAGAGUUUGAGUACAUCACCACAAAUGACACCAAAAGGAGCAUCAGCAGGAACAGCAUCAGCAGCAGGAUCAGCAGCAGGAUCAGCAGUAGCUUCGCCAAUCCAUGCAACUUUUUCAGCCACUGAACAACAAAAUCAACAUGAAGAGUAUUUGAAAUUGCAACAAGCAUUGGUGCAACAAGAAUCAGCCAUAUCAAGUCUCAAAUCUCAAGAACAGCAGAAUAUCGAGCUUAUUCAACAGAAAUUGCAAAAUAUCCAUGAUCAACAAGUACACCUUGAAGAGCAAGAAAAGACGCAACAGCAACAGCAGCAACAGCAGCAACAGCAACAAAGGAGCAACUCUAGCUCAUCCACAUCUUCGUCUCCAUCAUUUCCAGGAUUAGGAGUCCACAAACCAUCAUCAGAUAGUUUGAAUUCAUUUAUAAUUGAACCAAAUAGAGUGCCGGUUGCUCAUGCCGCUGUAAACGGAUUACAAUCAUCAGAUGUUUCUGGUGGUGCCAAUGUUCCAAUGUUUAGUUUGGAUGAUCAUAGCGCAAGAAGCCAUCAAAGCUCCAAUGGUGAAGCCAAUGGUGAAGCCAAUGGUGAAGCCAAUGGUAGAAGCAAUAAUAAUGGUAACACCAAGGAUACCAAUAUUCCCACAGUGUUUGUGUCACAAGAGUAG